GGAGCGGCGCUCCGGCGGCGGCGCGAGUUGGGAAGGUCCACGGAGAGCCAGGAGCCAACAAGUCAUCUCAGCGCCAACAAGUCAUCUCAGCGCCUAAAUGAGGUGUUAAAUCUGAUCUGUCUGUCUGAAACUUGUCCGGGGAAGAGUCCAAACAAAAAUGGCAGAAAAGGUGAACAACUUCCCGCCGCUCCCCAAGUUUAUCCCUCUGAAACCCUGUUUCUACCAGAAUUUUGCCGAUGAAAUCCCCAUCGAUUAUCAGACCCUGGUGAAGAGAAUCUACCACGUUUGGAUCUUCUACUGCAUCACGCUCGCCGUGAACGUCAUCGCCUGCCUGGCGUGGUGGAUCGGGGGYGGCUACGGGGUCAAUUUUGGCCUCGCCAUCCUUUGGCUCCUUCUCUUCAGUCCCUGCGGCUACGUCUGCUGGUUCCGACCUGCCUACAAAGCCUUUCGGUCGGACAGCUCCUUCAACUUCAUGGCCUUUUUCUUCAUCUUUGGCGCGCAGUUUGUCCUCGCGGUCCUCCAAGCAAUCGGUUUCUCAGGAUGGGGAGCGUGCGGAUGGUUGGCAGCCGUGACUUUCUUUAGCACCAACGUCGCAGCCGCCGUGUUCAUGCUCUUUCCUGCCGUCAUGUUUACAAUGUCAGCAGUCGCGAUGCUCUUCUGCAUUUUAAGGGUACACAAAAUCUACCGAGGGGCUGGUGGGAGCUUUCAGAAAGCUCAGGAUGAAUGGAACAGCGGCACAUGGAGGAACCCCCCCAGCAGGGAGGCCCAAUACAACAAUUUUUCUGGAAACAGCCUGCCAGAGUAUCCCACGGUGCCAAACUAUCCCCCAGGAAACCAAUGGCCUUAAGCUGCAAAACUGCCUGGAUUCUUUUUUUU